AUGGCUGCCGCUACCGCAACAACAACAAAGGCGAAGUCGGCCUCCAAGGCCGGCGCCAAUGCCAACACCAAGCAAAAGGCACAGAUGCAUCGCCGUUCAAGGACAGGGUGCUACACAUGCAGGCUCAGGCGGAAAAAGUGCGACGAGGGCUCGCCCAUGUGCACGGCUUGCAAGCAUCUCGGUCUAGCAUGCGAAUACAAGAGGCCGAUGUGGUGGAGCAACAACGACAUGAGGAGGAAGCACAAGGAGGACAUCAAGAUGAUCAUCAAGCGCAAGAAGCUGUCGGAGAAGUCAACACACACGCACACGAUCCAGACCGCCGUCGGCUCACCACCGGGCCUUUCGCACUCGCUCCCGACAUCGGCAACCUUCUCGGAUCCCCUGGACCGCGCGCGAUCGGGCUCGAUCGACUCGCAUUUCGGCUACAACUUCAACAGCCCGCAGAGCUCGCACGAGUACGGGCCCUUCACACCACAAAUGCACCCCGACUUCAUGUUUUCGCCAUACUCGCCCUACGAGAUCGAUGUCAAGACAGAAAGGCAGAUGUUCAUCAACGAUGUGCCGACGCUGCGCGAAUCGACGACCUCGACUUUCAGCACCUACGCCACUCCUCCGCCACCGGGCACCGUUCUACCCCAAUUCCCUCUGGAAGGCGAAUGGACGGAGCAGGUGUACUCGGAGCGGAGGGAGUCGCUCACCGAGGAGACGCUCAAUGUGAACUUCUUCGACUUCUCCCACGGGCCAUCGACCGCCUCAAGGCAAGUAGCAAUCGAGCUCGACGAGGGCGACCAGAGGUUGCUUGAUCACUUCAUCCAAUUCGUCCUCCCGGCCAUCUUCCCGAUCCUCGAGUCGAACCAGCACGGGUCAGUCAGCUCGGACCUCAUCCUCCCAGCGUUGCAAAACAACAAGGGCUAUCUGCACUGCUGCUUGAGCAUCGCGGCGCAGCACUACAAGGCGGCCAUGAGCCUGCAGGGCGAAGAGAUCGACGGCGACAUCAUGCGCCACCGGUACGCGACCAUCUCGUCGCUGUGCGACGCGCUCAACCGGGACGAGAACCACCAGCAGAUCCUCGAGGCCGCGCUCGGCCUCAUCUUCUUCCAGUGCGGCGUUGGCCGCUUUGAUGACUCGCUCCCCGACAUCCCGUGGCACCAGCACUUCCAGGCUGUCGAGUCGCUCGUCCUGAAGCUCGACCUCCCGCGCAUCGUGUCGGACCCCAACGCGCCCCUGGCACAGACGCCCUUCAACAUGACACUCACGGCGUGGAUCGACAUCCUCGGCGCGACGAUGCAAGGCCGCGCCCCCAUCUUCGCGCACACCUACCGCGAGAAGCACCUGUCCCCGACCAACCCAUCCCUCGGGCUCCGCGAGCUCAUGGGGUGCGAGGACCGGGUCAUGUACCUCAUCUCGGAGAUCGCCUGCCUGGAGGCGCUCAAGCAGAACGGCAUGGACAACAUCACGCUCUGCCAGCACGUGCACGUGCUCGGUGACCAGAUCGGCCUGACCGAGAUGGGCGAGGAGGCGCCCGUGCUGCCCUUCAACGCCAACGGCUCGCUCAGCCCCAAGCAGCUCAGCAAGAACAUCACGGCGGCCUUCCGCCUCGCCGCGCGCAUCUACCUCUGCAGCCUGGUGCCCGGCUUCUCGCCCACGCAGGCCAGCUGCAUGGGCCUGGUCGAGAAGCUCACGGGGGUGCUCCACCACAUCCCCUCGGGCACCAACGGCUUCGACCGCUCGCUCGCGUGGGUGUACCUCAUCGGCGGCUCGGCCAGCCUGGCGGGGUCGUCGUUCCGCGCCUUCUUCGAGGACCGCGUCGCGCAGCUCGGCGAGCUCGCCAACUUUGGCAGCUUCGGCCGCGUCACCUGCCUGCUCCGCGAGGUCUGGCUCCAGAACGACGUCGUCGCCGCCGCCGCCCCCCAGCAACCGGUCGGCUCUUCCUCGCCCGCGGCGGCCGCCGCCGACGGGAGGCCCCCACAGUUCAUCCACUGGCGGGAUGUCAUGCAGAUGAAAGGUUGGGAUUACCUGCUCGUUUAA